CCUCCCCCUCCCCCCUUACUUCCUUCAAGGACCGGGGCCAACGUGGGCAGGCUCAGCAGACUUCGGUCUGCGGUAUUUGUUAUUGUUUUGGCAUUUUAAAUCUAAUUUUCAUCAUGGUGCUGUACAAUUUCAAGAAAAUCGCCGUCGUGCCAACGGCCAAGGACUUCGUUGAUAUCACCCUUUCUAAGACACAGAGGAAGACUCCUACUGUCGUUCACAAGCAAUAUAAGAUAUCUCGUAUUCGACAGUUUUAUAUGCGCAAAGUGAAAUUUACUCAGCAAAGUUUCCAUGACCGCCUUUCUCAAAUUAUCCAAGAAUUCCCAAAGCUGGAUGAUAUUCACCCUUUCUAUGCAGAUCUUAUGAAUGUCUUGUACGAUAAAGAUCAUUUCAAGUUAGCUUUAGGACAGCUGAAUACCGCACGACAUUUGGUUGACAAUGUUUCCAAGGAUUAUGUGCGUCUCCUUAAGUUUGGAGACUCCCUGUAUAGGUGCAAAACACUUAAAAGAGCUGCUCUUGGAAGGAUGGCCACCAUCAUGAAGCGCCAGGCUCCUAAUCUUCAGUAUUUGGAACAUGUCCGUCAGCAUCUUGCCCGUCUCCCAUCUAUUGAUCCCUACACUCGAACUAUUCUCAUUACUGGUUUCCCUAAUGUAGGAAAAUCCAGUUUUGUUAACAAGAUCACUCGAGCUGAUGUUGAAGUCCAGCCUUACGCAUUCACAACAAAGUCUCUGUAUGUUGGACACACAGAUUACAAAUAUCUGAGAUGGCAAGUAAUUGAUACUCCUGGUAUAUUAGAUCAUCCUCUUGAAGAACGUAAUGUUAUUGAAAUGCAAGCAGUAACAGCCCUAGCUCACUUGAGAGCUUGUGUGUUGUAUUUUGUUGACUUGUCUGAGCAGUGUGGUCACACCAUUGAGGAACAGGUUCAAUUAUAUGAAAGUAUUAAGCCACUUUUUGCCAAUAAACCUCUCUUGGUUGUUCUGAGUAAGUCAGAUAUUUUGAAACUCUCAGACCUUCCUGAAGAUCGCAGAGAAGCUUUCAAACCAUUUGAGCAGGAAGGAGUGCCACUUUUGGAGAUGAGCUCGCACACAGGUGAAGGUGUAAUGCAAGUUAAAACGGACGCCUGCGAUGCUCUUCUAGCAUAUCGAGUAGACCAGAAAUUGAGAACCAAGAAAGUAGACAGUGUGCUGAACAGACUUCAUGUGGCAAUGCCUGCUCAACGAGAUGGAAAGCCCCGUCCACCAUGCAUACCAGAGAAUGUUGUUGAAAAGAAGAAUAAAAUGGAGGGUACUGGUAAGACCCGUAAGCUAGAGAAAGAUAUUGAAGAGGAGCUUGGAGAUGAGUAUGUAAUUGACCUAAAGAAGAAUUAUGAUUUACCUGAUACUUACAAGUACGAUAAAAUUCCUGAGUUCUGGAAUGGCCACAAUAUUCAAGAUUUUAUUGAUCCUGAAAUUCUUGAGAAAGUGGAACAGUUGGAGAAAGAAGAAGAACUACGCAUUCAAUCUGGCAUGUAUGCCAUUCCUAAGUUUGAGUUGGAUGACACCAUGAAGGAAAUUAAGGUCUUGGCCCGAAAAAUACGUGAUCGCAAAAAGAUCAUGCGACAGCUCUCUGCUACAAAUAAUACAACUAAACCAACUACUCCAAGACACUUCCCAGCAAAAGCUAGAGAUCGUUCUGUUGGAAAGCUUAGGGAUGAAUUUGAAAAUCUUGGUGUUGAUAUGUCUGGUACAGAAGAGGCCAACUUCACCAAAACUCGUGGUAGAGCACGUUCUCUUAAUCCUCGCCCUAUGCUGAAGAGAUCACAUUCUGAGAAUGCUGAAAGUGGUGAUCGGUCAAGGAGCACGUCCAAAGCUCGGUCACUCUCUCGGGCACCAACAAAACGCCUUAGAAUGGACUCUGAGGGUCGUGCUAGAAGUACUUCGAAGGUACCCAGGGAUGAAAUGGGAAUUAAGGAUGUAUUGAUGAAGAAGAAGCUGAAGAAGGCAGCCAAGAUGGCUAUUGGUAAGAAGGUCAAUAAAAUGGGUCUCAAGGGUGAGGCUGAUCGCUUCAUUGGUACCAAGAAACCCAUGCAUCUGUUCUCUGGCAAACGUGGAAUGGGUAAAACUGACAGAAGAUAAUUUGGGUGUGUUAUGCCAAGUAACCCAUUCAGUAGAUUGUUUAUUAUUCACUACAGUUCUAAGAACUAUUAUUUUUCUUGUACAUAUGACUAUGUAUUCACAAUAGUUUUUGAACUUUGUUAAAAUUUACCGAAAAUACUUUUCUUUCAAUUCUGUGCCCACUGUGUAUGAACUGUAGUUUGCUCUGUUUAACUGUAUAUGUUGUAAAGAAUAAACAACUGGCACCGAUGAAAA